UUUUGAAACGCCCAAAUCAGCUUCUGGUUUCUUUUCUCCCCUUUACCAGUUUCAAUAAAUGCUUAGUCUGAUUAUUAUUAUUAUUUUUCUUCGUCUUCUUAAACAUUUAGUUUCAAUUUCUUGAGGAUUUUUAUCGUCUGGAAUCUGGAUCAACUGUGCAGUGUUCUCUUUCAACUUUUUGUUCGUAUAAAAAUAAUUAUUUUCGUAAAUAUUCCUGCUUUUCGUUUGGUUGCUGGGAAAAUGUUAAGAAAAAUGGUUUAAGUUUUUCAGCAAAAUUUAAUUUUAACAAAGUUGUUCCGCCAGUGAAUUGAGAAUGACAAAACUUGUUGAUACAGUAAAAACUCCCUUUUAAUUUUUGAUCCCUACUUAACUGCAAUCAUUGCAAUUUGAAAAUGGGUAUCAACUCAUUGGGUUCCUAUUAGUAACUAGUUAGAGGGCGUUAUAAACUUAUACGACACUUUUUCACUCCGGGCUCAAAAAAUGGAUAUUAAUGAUGUCGAAGAAAAUCUGUUUGCUGCUAGUGAUGCAAAGUUACAUGGAGAAAUGUGCAGGACCCUUUCCUCAAUUUAUUGCAAAAUACUGCCAAUUUUCCCUUCGUUGGAAGCAGCUCGGCCUAGAAGCAAAUCUGGGAUUCAAGCUUUAUGUUCAUUGCAUGUAGCACUUGAGAAGGCCAAGAAUGUUCUUCAACAUUGCUCUGAGUGUAGUAAACUUUACUUGGCUAUAACAGGAGAUUCUGUGCUUACAAAAUUGGAGAAGGCAAGAUGUGCUCUUGAAGAUAGUCUUAGGCGUGUUGAAGACAUUGUUCCACAAUCUAUUGGUUGUCAGAUUCAAGAGAUUGUUGGUGAACUUGAGGGUACUUCAUUCUCGCUUGAUCCCUUGGAGAAACAAGUAGGUGAUGAUAUAAUUGCACUGCUUCAGCAGGGGAGAAAAUUUGACAACUGUAGUGACAGUAAUGAGUUGGAAUCAUUUCAUCAGGCUGCUACUAAGCUUGGAAUUACCUCUUCCAGGGCAGCUCUUACAGAGAGAAGAGCUUUGAAAAAACUAAUAGAAAGAGCUCGUGCUGAGGAGGAUAAACGGAAAGAGUCUAUUGUGGCUUAUCUUUUACAUCUUAUGAGAAAAUACUCCAAGUUGUUUAGAAGCGAAUUCUCAGAUGACAAUGAUUCUCAGGGUUCUGCGCCAUGUUCUCCCACUGUCCAGGGUUCUAUUGAUAUUGUGGAGCCUGGGGGAAAUGGUCACGCCUUUGAUCGACAGUUAUCAAAACUUAGUUCUUUCAACUUCAAGCCAAACAAUAGGAGAUCAGGACAGAUGCCUCUUCCACCAGAAGAAUUGAGGUGUCCAAUAUCUCUGCGGCUUAUGUAUGAUCCAGUCAUCAUUGCUUCUGGUCAAACAUAUGAAAGGAUUUGCAUUGAAAAAUGGUUCAGUGAUGGGCAUAAUACCUGCCCAAAAACUCAACAAAAGCUUUCUCAUCUUUCUUUGACUCCCAAUUACUGUGUCAAGGGUCUUGUUGCUAGUUGGUGUGAUCAGAAUGGAGUUUGUGUUCCCGAUGGUCCUCCAGAGUCUCUUGAUCUUAACUAUUGGAGGUUAGCUCUAUCCGAGUCUGAGACCACAAAUUCAAAAUCUAUGGGUAGUGUUAACUCUUGCAAGUUUAAGGGGGUUAAGGUGGUUCCUUUGGAAGAAAGUGGUACUUUAGGUGAGGCUGAUGGAAAUGAAACUGAAAAUGUUUGUCCACUAGAGGGAGAGUCUGAGCUCAAUGUGCCUGAAAGUUAUCAGGAUUUUUUGACUGUCUUGAAUGAAGGAGAAGACAUGAGGAUAAAGUGCAAAGUGGUGGAGAAAUUAAGGCUCUUGCUGAAGGAUGAUGAAGAAGCUAGGAUAUAUAUGGGAGCUAAUGGGUUUGUUGAAGCACUUAUGCAGUUUCUCAACUUAGCUGUGCGGAUAGGAAAUGAUGUUGCUCAGGAAAGUGGAGCAAUGGCUCUUUUCAACCUUGCUGUCAACAAUAACAGAAACAAGGAAAUGAUGCUGGGGGGUGGUAUAAUUUCAUUACUGGAGGAAAUGAUCUCCUCUACCAAUUCUCAUGGUUUUGCCACAGCACUAUAUUUGAAUCUUUCCUGCCUUGAAGAAGCCAAACCUAUCAUUGGGUCAUCUCAGGCUGUUCCUUUCUUAACCCAGCUCCUUCAAACUAAUACUGAUGUUCAGUGCAAGCUUGAUGCCCUCCAUGCCCUGUACAACCUGUCUAGUGUGCCCGCCAAUAUCCCAAAUCUACUUUCAUCUGGCAUUAUCAGUAACCUUGAAUCCCUUGCAGCCUCUGGUGACAGCACAUGGACAGAAAAGUGCUUAGCAGUAUUUUUAAAUUUGGCUUCGAGUCAAUCAGGACAAGAUGAGAUGGUGUCAACGCCAGGCAUUAUUGGUGUACUUGCAACGAUGUUGGAUGCUGGUGAACCCAGUGAGCAAGAACAAGCUGUAUGCUGUCUGUUACUUUUAUGUAAUGGGAAUGAUAAAUGCUGUCAAAUGGUCUUACAAGAAGGUGUAAUACCAGGACUAGUUUCGAUUUCAGUUAAUGGGACCACGAGAGGAAAAGAUAAGGCACAGAAACUUCUCAUGUUGUUUCGUGAACAACGACAGCGAGACCAAGUCCAAUCAUCUCCAGACGAGGAGGAAGAGCAAAUGCCUUCUGAAAGUAGUGAGAUGUCUAUGCCGCCAGCUCCCGAAUCCAAGCCUUAUUGUAAAUCCAUUUCAAGAAGAAAGAUGGGCAAAGCUUUCAGCUUUCUGUGGAAGACCAAGAGCUACUCUGUCUCCCAGUGUUAAACCUCACGGUGUUGUAAAUUUUAGUUGUAUCAACUUCUUUCUUUUGUCCUCUUCUUAAGGGCAUUACUAUUUUUUGCUUUUCAAAGAGAAGAAUGUACAGGCCCCUGUAAUUUAUGAGUUUUUGUUUCUUUAUGUCAUUUUCUUUUCAGCUAGGAAUACAUGUAUUAUUAUGAAUAUCACAAUCAAAGCUUUAGAUUACAUGUGUA